CACAACAGUUAACUGCCAAUCCUGGCUAUGUGCCCGGCUAAGCCAGGGCCUGAGAACCACAUAAUUUCUCUCAUUCUCCCAGUUGCUGGGGGAAUUGGCAGCGACAGACCUGGGAAAUACCUAAGACAAAAAGUGACUGGGAUUGCCAGGGACUUGCCUUCCCAUCGGUGCUGAGCUCCAGAAAACUUUAUUUUCCAACCUCCUUCCCUAGAGGAUUGCAGAUUGGCCCUUCCGCCACCAGCAGCAGGAGGGAGAGGGAGCUGCAGCCCCCAGGGCACCCAGGAGGCAGUUGUGGCAGGUCCUCCCCAGGAAAGGCCAGCCCUGCUCCGGGGUCUGCGGUGGAAACGGGAGCUGAGGAGGAUGGGUAGCGGUGGGUGAGCCGGCUGGUGUGACCAUGACUCACGGAGCACCUACUAUGGUCCAGGAACGCCAGUCUUGGCAGACAAGGUCCUUCACUGGUGGAAGUCACAUUCGCGCAAGAGAGACGACCAGUAAACAAGCAAAGAAGCCCCAGGUGGGGAUAUGGACGCGGAGAGAGAAGCUCUGCAGACGACAGCAUACCCCGAAGUGCAGACCUUCUGCCAGAAGCACGGCCUGAUGUUUGAGGUGGUCGAUCUGCGAUGGGGAAUCCAGCACACGCAGGCCACGGACCACAUGACCACAGAGCUCUGCUUGGAGGAGCUCGAUCGGUGUCGGAAAACCUCCCUAGGCCCCGCUUUCGUUGCCCUCCUCGGUGACCAGUACGGCCCCUGUCUGGUCCCCACGCUGAUCGAGGAGGAGGAAUGGGAGGCCCUGAAGGCCCAGCUGACCGCCAGGCCGGGUGACCUGGAGCUGGUGGCUCAGCACUUCCGGCGGGACGAGAACGCUGUGCCCCCCAGCUACGUGCUGCAGGCCCCGGGCCCCGGGGACGCCCGUGGGCCGGAGGAGGCCACCCUGACCUCGGUGCUGCGCUGUGGAGCCCAGGAGGCCAGGAGGCUGGGCCUCAUCACCCAGGAGCAGUGGCAUCGCUACCAGCGGUCAGUAAUCGAGUGGGAGAUAGAGCGGGGCCUGCUGAGCCUGACAGAUGGGGAGCAGGGGGCCACCGUCUUCCUGAGGGAGAUCCAAGACCUGAACAGACACAUCCUGGAAGACUGUGCCCUGAAGAUGGUGGACCGGCUCGCCGACGGCUGCCUGGACACAGAUGCCCAGCACCUUCUCAGCAGCCUCAAGGGGCGCAUCGCCGACAGGCAGCCGGGUGUCCUCAGGGCCCACCGCCUGCCGUGGAGCCGCGACCUGGUGAACCCCAAAAACAAGGCUCACGCCCGGUACCUGCAGGAGCUGGGGGAGCAGUUCGUGGCCAGGGCCAACCACCAGGUGCUCGAGCGCCUCCGGGAGCUGGAGGUGGGCCGGCAGGACCUGGCCUGGCUCUACCAGGAGAUCCGCCACCACCUGGGGCUGAGCGCCGAGGCCACCGGGACCUUCUGCGGGCGCCAAGAGCUCCUGGCCCGGGUGGGCCGGCGGCUCCGGCAGAGCGACAGUCACCCCCACACGCCCCUGGUGCUCUUCGGCCCCCCGGGCAUCGGGAAGACGGCGCUGAUGUGCGAGCUGGCCGAGCAGGUGCCGGGGCUGCUGGGCUGCAAGACGGUGACUGUCCUGCGGCUCCUGGGGACUUCCCAGAUGAGCCGCGGCGCCCACGGCCUGCUGCGGAGCCUCUGCUUCCAGGUGUGCCUGGCGUACGGGCUGCCCCUGCCCCCCGCCCAGGUCCUGGAGGCCCACGCCAGGGUGGUCCAGUUCUUCCACACCCUCCUGCACACCGUCUCCCGCCGCAACUUCGAGUCCCUGGUGAUCCUGCUGGACUCGGUGGAGGACGUGGACUCCACCCGCCGCCGGAGGAGACUCCCCUGGCUGCCUCCCAGGUGCCCCCCCAGGGUCCACCUCAUCGUCUCGGCCUGCUCGGGGAAGCCGGGCGUCUUAGACGCCGUGCAGCGGACGGUCACGGACCGGGAGUCCUUCUGGGAGGUGGAGCCCCUCUCCAGCAUCCAAGGGCAAGAGAUGGUCCGGCUGCUGCUGGUGGCCUCCAGGAGGACCCUGAGCCCAGGGCAGCGGGAUCUGCUCUGGGCCAGCCUCCCGGAGUGCGGGCACCCCGGGCAGCUGAGGCUGGCCUUCGAGGAGGCCCGGAAGUGGGCGUCCUUCACCGUGCCCGCCCCGCUGGCCUCCACUGCCGAGGACAUGCUGCACGAGCUGUGCGCCCGCCUGGAGCAGACGCACGGGCAGCUGCUGGUGGCCCGCGCGCUGGGCUACCUCGUGUCUUCCCGGCACGGGCUCUCGGAGGCUGAGCUGAAGGACGUCCUGUCCUUGGAUGAUGAGGUCCUGCAGGCCGUGUACCAGGACUGGACCCCGCCCAGCAAGGAGCUGCUGCGUUUCCCACCGCUGCUGUGGGUGAGGCUUCGCCGGGACCUGGGGACCUGCCUGGCCCGGCGGCCUGCGGACGGCUUCACGCUCCUGGCCGUCGCCCACAGACAGCUGGCUGAGGUGAUCCGGGAACGCUACCUCUCGGGGCCUGAGAAAGCCACGAGGCACGGACUCUUGGCUGACUUCUUCUUGGGAGCCUGGAGCCAGGGCAUCAAGAAGCUCAUCACCCUGCCCCUGGUGGGGAAGCCCCUGAACCUGGACCGCAAGGUGGCCCCGCAGCCGUUGUGGUUCUCGGACACGGUUGCAAACCUGAGGAAGCUGAAGGAGUUGCCCUACCACCUGCUCCACUCGGGCCGCCUUGAGGAGCUGAAGCAGGAGGUGCUGGGCAGCAUGAGCUGGAUUUGCUGCCGAGGCGUCUCCGGGGGCAUGGAGAGCCUGCUGGAUGAUUUUGACCUGUGUGCCCCUCACCUGGACGGCCCCGAGGUGGGCCUGGUCCGAGAAGCCCUCCAGCUGUGCCGCCCGGCCGUGGAGCUCCGGGGCUUGGAGAGGAGCAUCCUAUACACAGAAAUCCUGGCCAGACUCCAUUUCUUCGCUACCUCGCAUCCGGCACUGGUGGGAGAGCUGUGCCAACAGGCCCAGCGCUGGUUCCGGGAGUGCCCACACCCUGUGCUGGUGCCUCUCGGAGGAUUCCUCCAGCCUCCAGGAGGACCCCUCCGGGCCACCCUCACUGGCUGUCACAAAGGCAUCACUGCUAUGGCGUGGAGCCUGGAAGAGAGGCUGCUGGUGGUUGGCACCCAGGAGGGCAUCGUGGCUGUGUGGGACAUGGAAGAGCAUCAGGUGGUCCACAUCCUCACUGGACACACAGGAGAGGUGAGGUGUGUGACAGUGUUUGCCAGAGGGACGCAGGCCAUCUCCGCCUCCAAGGACCGCAGCCUGCGCUUGUGGAACUUACUCUCUGGCCAGGAGAAGUUCACCAUUUGGGAUGGAGGCUCAAGAGAUCCUGCUGUACCUCAGAGCCUUCACGUGGACGAAGCAAAGAAGGUUGUGUAUUCAGCAUCUGGCUCCAAGGUCAACGCUUGGAAUCUGGAAACUGCGGAGCUGAUUUUCCACAUCCGGGGGGAUGCCUCCGACCCCUGGAUCUGCUCGGCAGCGCUGGCUUCCCAGGCCACGCUGCUGGCUGUGUCGGAAGGCAGUGUGGUCAGUCUGUGGAGCUCAGCCACAGGGAAAGAGCAGGGGAAGCAACACUUGUCCAGCAUCAAAGAAGAAACACCUACCUGUGGGGUCUCCGUGCAGAAACCAGGAUACAUGGUUGUUGGGUUCAGCAAGGGCUCCAUCUCUUUGGUUUCCCCUGAAGGAGACAGCCUGCUGGGGAAGCUUCCGGAAGCUGUGGGGUUCCUGGUCACCUCUGAAGAUGAGUCCCUUCUCGCUGCAGGCUUUGGAAGAUCCGUGCGGAUAUUCUUGGCCAACGCACAGGGGUUUCAGCGAUUCAUGGCCACUGACCUUGAACACGAGGACACAGUGGAGGCGGCUGCUUUUGAUCCUGAGAACAAUGUGAUUGUCACUGGGUCCCGGGACGCACUCAUUCAGGUGUGGAGUCUGUCAGAACAGGGGACCCUGCUGGACAUCCUGGAAGGUGUGGGGGCCCCCAUGAGCCUGCUGGCCCAGGGUGGGGCUCUGGUGGCAUCCGCUUCCCAGCAGUCCUCAUCCUUCAAAGUCUGGGAUCUCACUUACACUCGGAAGCCACGAACCCCUGCCCCAUUCCUGGACCGCACUGGCCUCACUGCUGUGUCACACAAUGGAAGCUACAUUUACUUCCCCAAAAUCGGGGACAAAAGCAAAGUCACCAUUUGGGAUUUGGCAGAAGGUGCAGAGCAAGACGCCCUGGACACCUCCAACGAGGUCAGGUGCCUGGAGGUGGCCGAGCAGGCCAAGCUGCUUUUCACGGGCCUGGUUUCCGGCAUCGUCCUCGUGUUCCCCCUGGACUCCCGCCAGGAUGUGAUGUGCAUCCCCCCUCCGGAGGCCCGGAAAGCUGUCAACUGCAUGGCCCUGAGCAAGGGCGAGGAGCGCCUGGCCAUCGCCUACGACAGCACCGUCCUGGUGUUGGACAUUAACCCUGGGGACCCCUGUCCGGUCGUCGACGGGCCAACCUACACCUUCUACACCCAGCUGCCCACGACCAUAGCCAGCGUGGCCGUGCUGGCCGACUGCCGCGUGAUGUACGGCAUGACCAACGGCGACCUCUUCCUCUACGCGUGUGCGCGCUCCCAAGUGUUCCCCCUGGAGGCCCACGGAAGCCGGGUCACCUGCGUGGAGGUCAGCCACCAGGAGCAGCUGGCGGUGAGCGGGUCCGAGGAGGCCCUGCUGUGUCUCUGGGACCUGGACGUGUGCAAGUGGAAGUUCGAGAUGAGCUGCACGAACUCUUACUGCCCAGGAGUCCAAUGUGCUUGCUUCUCCAAGGAUGACAAGUAUGUGUACGCGGGCUUGAGGGAUCGCUCCGUAAUUGUCUGGAGUGUGCUGGAUGGUACCCUACUGGCCAGCCAAUUUGUCCAUGCCAUAGUGAACAGAAUCAUCCCAACCUCCAAUGGCUUCAUUGCCCCCACCAGACAUGGCUAUCUCAUCCGUGAACGAUUCCAGUGCCCUUCAUCAAGAACCUCACAACAAGACCCUCUCAAGAACUUCAAGAAGGCAGUAUGGAUGGUCAAAUCAAGGCAGAGAGAAGAGUUGGCUGCUGCUGCAGGGGCACUGCAGGACUCAGGAUUAGGGGGUGCACAGAGAAAUGAAUGCAAAUCAAACAAACGCUCACAAGUCUGCCUGAUAGUGUAGAACUACCUGUGGGGGCAUGAGGCUCCAAUCUAGCUAAAGUGAAGAAAAUAAUAUAUUGACGUAUAGCUGGACACAAGGCCUCAUAUCAUGUGAUCCAGUCCUUGCUUCUCAAUACCUUUCCAUUCCUGUAUCCUUGUUGUGGGCUCUAUUUGCAGACCUGCCAUCCUUAGAUUAGCAACAUGGUAGCCAAUUCAAUAGAAAAGAGAACUUCCCUUCCCCUACAGUUUGAACUAAAAUCCUGGCCUUGAUUCUAUUGAUCUCAGUUGGCUCAUAUGCCCAUCCCGGAACCAAUCAAUUGUCUAAGAGAACGCAGCACUGUGAUAAACCGUACUGACCCACUGACCCAACUGCCCACUUGGGCUGUGCAUGGAAUCCAUACCAUCCAGCUAUGUGGACUGAGAAUGGAAGAAACUGGGGUACUGGUACCAGGCAAAGUGGGGAUGGAUGAAUGUGAGACUGAUCAACCUGCAGAUGUGGAUGGUCUGAGCCUUAUCACAGCCCAUACUUCAGGAAGGUCAUGAGUUUUUGCGUCCAUUUUACAGGUAAGGUAGCUGAGCCUCGCUGUGACUUGCUUAAAUUAAUAGCCCUGGGUGCAUGAGCUCUAAGAACCAGGAGCCUUUCUGUACCAUCCUUCUUGUCCCCUCUGGCUCCAAUUUUAGUCUCACAAGUACAACUAUCUAUUCCAUAGGGGCCAGAGAAAAAUCUUAAUGAUUAUCAUGCAUCUGGGUGAGGAGCUGAAAGUGGAGACAAUGGGUACAUGGAGGACACAUGCUCAGUCUAGGGUGGGCAUGGGCACCACUGUAUCUCAGAAUCUCCAUGACGAAAGCAGUCUGCUUUUGCCAGAGCUUUCUGUUGUGAGCCAAACCAGAAGUCUGGGCUUUUAGGCAAAAUAUCCCAAUUUUUAAAAAGUUGGUAAUUGCUUCAAAUUUACAUCUCCAGACACAUUCAGCCUCUGUUUCUCUAAUUCAUAAGCUGACUUCAUGACCCAAGCUGGCGUUAAAACAAUACACUCGUUAGAAUUCUUCCAUCUCUACUCUCUAACUCCCAAACUUUGAGGAUAAAAAUGCUUUUUUUAAAAAAAAAUCUUUAAAACCGGAGGCUCGUGGAAGCAGAUGGAAAAAGCUGCCAAUACCUCCCUGAUUUGCUUUUGGCCCAUCUCUGCCCUGUGCGAGUUCAACAGUCGAACUGUCUCCAUUCCACUCAAGCAGCUCUGGCUUCUGUGUCUGCAGUUUUUGGAAAGUCCCACUUGGUUCUGGGGCUUUUGUUGAAGAAUAGGAGAGUCCAAAUCUGUAGGGUGCUAUUCCUUCUUCCUUCUGCGAUAGGCAGAAUUUCACAAAAAAGUAAACUUAGAAAAACAGAAGCUUUAGAACUAGAUGUGACCUUACUGACAUCGUGUUUAGUUGUUUCCAAGGAGGGCUCUGGCAGUUCUGCAUAUAGCAUCGAAUUCCAUU